UAAAAUGUAAUUAAUGUAAGUAACUCUGCAAAAUAGGAAGGCAAGUCAUCGACGGCGAGCAAUAGGAAGGCAAGUCAUCGACGGCGAGCAACUUUCGUCUAUCAAAUUUUGUCGUCUUCUUUCCAAGAAGAACGAACGAAAUCAACUUUGUUCGUCGUGCAUUUGUUAAUUUGAGUUCGUUCCUUAGAAAUUUAAUUUAUUGAUGUGGUAAGAAUAUUCAUUUAUAAAGGGAGGCGGCUGGGUGCUGUAAUAAUAACAUUAAUCAAUUGACGCACCAAGGAACACUCCAAAAACAUGACAACAAUGGCGGAAGGGGACAGCAACCUGCGGGAGCAGGAGUACGCGGAGACACAGACACUGCUGCAGAAAGAUUACUACGUGGAAGGCUGCCCAGGAUGCAAAGUCGAUCGCCGCAAAGACAUCCAUAGAGGCUUGCCGAUAAAGGAAGUUCUCAUAGUAUGGAUUAUUGUUCUUUCCACUGCUCUGACGAUAUCGUCUCUCUUUCCAUUCAUUUAUUUCAUGAUAAGGGACUUCGGCAUUGCCAAAAGAGAAGAAGACAUUGGUUAUUAUGCCGGUUUUGUAGGAUCUUCUUACAUGCUUGGAAGGGCUUUGACGUCCGUCAUUUGGGGAGCUAUUGCAGAUCGAUAUGGCCGGAAGCUUGUAAUAAUCGUAGGCUGCGCCGCCGUGGUAGUGUUCAAUACUCUGUUUGGACUUAGUGUAAACUUUUGGAUGGCUCUCGUGUCAAGGUUUCUCCUCGGAUGUUUGAACGGUUUACUCGGACCUAUAAAGGCAUAUGCGUGCGAACUGGUCCGGGACGAGUACCAAGCGCUAGGAUUGUCUGCGGUUAGUACAGCUUGGGGCACAGGACUCAUCGUCGGACCGGCUUUGGGAGGCUAUCUUGCUCAGCCUGCAGAUAAGUUUCCGGGAAUAUUUGCAUCAGAUUCGCUAUUUGCGAGAUUUCCAUACUUCCUACCAUGCUUGAUUACUUCAAUUUUCGCAGCUAUCGUCUCUCUCGCUUGCUUCUGGAUCCCGGAAACCUUGCACUUGCACCCGACGACGAACCAGCUGUCCGCACAGAACUCAUACGAUACUUUGGAAGUCACAAUUCAAGGAUUCGAUGACGCCAUAGAGACCAAAGACCAGCCGAGGAAAAGUUCUCCAAAAGAAAACCUUCUUAAAAACUGGCCCCUUAUGUCGUCCAUCGUUGUUUAUUGCAUUUUCUCUCUUCAUGACAUGGCUUACACCGAGAUCUUUUCGUUGUGGGCAGAGAGCCCCCGAAGACUCGGAGGCCUAAGCUAUACAACCGAGGAUGUUGGAACGGUUCUUUCGAUCUCCGGCGUCGGAUUGUUAGUGUUUCAGUCGUCAUUGUAUCCACUCGUCGAGAGGAUCUUCGGCCCCGUAGCACUCUGUCGAAUUUUCGGAAUAAUUUCGAUUCCUCUAUUGACAAGCUAUCACUACAUAGCAAAGCUGAACGGGAUCGCGCUCUCCAUCGUGCUCAACUGCGCCUCCCUGUUGAAGAACGUUCUCUCGAUCUCCAUUGUUACAGGACUGUUCAUCUUGCAAAAUAGAGCUGUGGAUCAAGACCAGAGAGGAGCUGCCAAUGGUAUCGCGAUGACGCUAAUGUCGCUUUUCAAGGCUAUCGGUCCAGCCGGAGGAGGGACUAUAUUUUCUUGGGCACAAACUCGACAAGAAGCUAGUUUUCUUCCGGGCGAUCUGAUGGUUUUCUUUGUCCUGAAUAUUAUCGAAGCAAUCGGGGUUUUGAUGACGUUUAAACCAUUUUUAGUCGAACGUUAUGAUAGAUGAAGAUAUCGAAUUUAAGCUUGUUGUAAGUAUUUUACAACGGUGGUUUAGGGUUCGAUGAUAUGAUAUUGUUCAAGGAGGAGGACAAUGUUCUUUGCAAACGAACAGAUAGUAGUAUUUUGAUUUGAUAUUUUAUAACGAAAGAUUAUAUUUUUUUAUGAAAAA